GCCCGUGUCAGUCGCUAACAGUUGCGAGUGCGGUGUGGAGGUAUAUCGUGUUUCACGUUGAAUACUUGAAGAACUCGAUGUUCAUAUUGAAGCUUUUCCAAAAGUAGUACACUAUAGGGAAAAGUAGUUCCUUUCGUGUAGUCGCAUUCCGCUUUAGCGUACUCAGCUACCGCAUCCUUCACGGAUGAAAUACCAACAACAAGUCUUCGGUGAAUAAGUUUUUUCUUCUUCAUUUUAUCUCCUGGCUGAGAGGCAUCGUUCGGGCAGGCGAUACAGAUAAAUUUGUCCCAAGGUUUUUUGAAACCAUAUAUUCACAAAAGCAGUGCGCUAUAACCUUGACUUCUAUAAGUAGGCUUGUGUCAGUGAAAUAGUGUUAGUUGAUGAUAGAUAAUCAUCAUCGAAUUUAUACAAUCGUUAUAGCUGCUGAUUCGAGACAUACCUUUGUGUCAUUAAAGUGUGGGUGAAUAUCUAAAAUAAUCCAUAAUUUGAUAAUAAUUCUGAACCAAGUAUAAUAGUUAUGAUAGACUUGCUAAGUAUUACCAUCUGCAAACAGCAAGCCAAUGACAGUUCGUGAAUGUCAAGCGAUCGAGUUAACCAGUUCAACAGCACGCGUGUGAGGGAGAACGAUAGAAAUAUUAACUACGGAAGAACCUUGGAAUCUCGCAAGCUGCCGUGUACAGAUGUGCAUGAGAGCGUACCAGUGUUAGUGAACCAACGUGUACGUUUGCAUACUACAUACACCUAUACAUACACACACAGACUUGAACGGUGUUCAUGGAUUGAUAUAUAUUUUCUUGGUCAAACCAUUGCAUGUAUUGUUCCAUACUGUUGCAUUGAGUUCAACCGCGUAUAGUGCAAGAUAAACGCAGAUGUACUUGAAAUGUUAACAAAAAUAUUAUGAUAUAGUCUGAAAACUGAACGCAGCCAUGAAUUAUGCUUUAUCGUGCCAGAAUCGUCAGCGUCAAUGAUAGGGCCUUCGGACAACCGAGUUUGCGUGUGAACGUGUUUUCGCGUAUGGAUUAUUCUGUAGCAAUGACAAGUAGUCUGUAUAUUUAACGUGUUGCUCAAAGUUACUACUGCCAAAAACGGCAGAAAGGAUAAUAUUGAUUUGAAAUUGCAGUUACGAUUGAUCCGUAUCAUCGUUGGUCAAGUAAGCGCAGAAGGACGGAAGCCUCAUAAAAGGUUUUUCCUUGGUGCUGCAACGUGGUGUAUACAGCUCGUUUUUUUUUUCAUUUUGGAUACAAGUCAGCAACCACCCAAGAAAAGAGAAAAGAGAGAAGAUUUGGAAAUUGUAUUCAUGAAAGUGAAGGCAGAGUGUAACGAAGCGAAGAAAAGUUUAUUCAAAGUAGAAGUGAAAUUUAAUUAACCACAACCACCGCUGUCUGGCAAGAAAAAUAUUGAAAGGUUAAAAUAAGUAAAAACAAAAGAAAAAUACUCAAAUGUACAAACACAUCGGAAAAUAAACCUUCGUUGCUGAGCACUUAAGUGGCACAUACAAGCAAAUGACUCAAGAGUAAAUUAAUUUGAGAGGCACGUUGAUGGAUAAAAGUCACGUCUGCCGAAGCGCCAGUGUCUAACUACAAAAUAAAACACGUUUUCACAGUCACAGAAAACAAAGCAACGACAAUCUUGUUUGUGUUUCGCUUACAGUGUUGCAAGCAAAACUCCCCAGUUGAUUAACAACAGCUCAGAAUUGCUACGCUGUGCAAAUCCAAGUGUGCCUAGCACGCUAGGAGUGGCAUUUCUCGUGACAUUUUCGCUGCACUUUCUUCCGGGCAUCGCGUUUCAAUCAAAUUAGCCACCGUGGAUACCAUAGCGUUGCCUGGCGGAUUGUCUCAUGUCAGGAUGGCUCUAGCGAGAUUGCCGGUAGUGAGUGACUGUCCGGCAGGACAAACGGCUAGAGUCACCUCCAACCUGCACUCUUCCAGUAGCACAAUGGCAGUCAGCCGAGUGCCGUCACCUCCCCUACCAGAGGUCAACACACCGGUUGCAGAAAACUGGUGUUAUACUCAGGUCAAAGUCGUUAAGUUCAGCUACAUGUGGACCAUCAACAACUUCAGCUUCUGCCGGGAAGAGAUGGGGGAAGUGCUAAAGUCCUCCACAUUCUCCGCCGGUGCUAACGACAAACUCAAAUGGUGUUUGCGCGUGAAUCCUAAGGGUCUGGACGAGGAGAGUAAAGACUACCUGUCCCUCUACCUGCUACUCGUAUCCUGCAACAAAUCCGAAGUGCGGGCAAAAUUCAAAUUCUCGAUAUUGAACGCAAAGCGGGAAGAAACAAAAGCGAUGGAAUCCCAGCGGGCGUACCGGUUUGUGCAGGGCAAAGACUGGGGCUUCAAGAAGUUCAUACGGCGAGACUUUCUGCUGGAUGAAGCGAACGGUUUGCUGCCCGAGGACAAGCUCACGAUAUUCUGCGAGGUUAGUGUAGUCGCGGACAGCGUCAACAUUUCCGGUCAGAGCAAUAUUAUUCAAUUCAAAGUGCCAGAAUGUAAACUAUCAGAGGAUCUGGGGAUUCUGUUCGACAAUGAAAAGUUCAGCGAUGUGACGCUGGCGGUGGGUGGACGAGAGUUCCAGGCACAUAAAGCAAUUCUAGCGGCGCGCAGCCCUGUGUUUGCGGCGAUGUUCGAGCAUGAGAUGGAGGAGCGCAAACAGAACCGUGUGGCAAUCACCGACGUUGACCACGAAGUAUUAAAGGAGAUGCUCCGGUUUAUCUACACAGGCAAGGCUCCCAAUCUGGACAAGAUGGCGGACGAUCUGCUCGCGGCGGCCGACAAAUACGCCCUCGAGAAACUGAAAGUGAUGUGUGAGGAAGCGCUCUGUGUUAAUCUGUCGGUGGAAACCGCCGCCGAAACCUUGAUUCUCGCCGACCUGCACAGCGCCGAUCAGCUGAAGGCGCAAACGAUAGACUUCAUCAACACCAGCCAUGCGACGGAUGUGAUGGAUACCGUUGGCUGGAAGAAUAUGGUGACAACACACCCACAUCUGAUAAACGAAGCAUUUCGUGCUCUAGCAACGCAGCAGAUACCACCGAUCGGUCCCCCUCGUAAGCGGGUCAAAAUGAGCUGAAAUAAGAUGUUGACAUCCGUGCAGUCCGUGAUGUCAACGUCGCCGUCACCACCAGCAAUCAUCACUACUACUAAUACUACUACGACCACGUCACCAUCGUCAACAUCUUCUUCAUCGUCAACCACAUGUUUACUAUCAUCAUUAACAACAACCACCAAAACUAAUACAACCAAUGCUACUGGACAAAAUCAAUUGACACCAUCAUCGGCUGCGUCCUCACCGACCGGUUCGACAGACGGGGCAGCAGCAUCGAUCACAGCACAUUUGAUGCAGCACCAGCAUCAGAAUUCAUCAUCGCGGAAGCUGAAUCAAGCAGUUAACUCCGAGCACCACCCUUUAACGCCAAUCGGUUCAACGCUGUUGUCAUCCUCACCUACCUCUUUUGCAUCCUCAUCAUCGUCCUUGCUGAUUAAUCAUCUCACUAGCACCACCUCCGGAUCGAACGGUCCUUCAUGCAGUGCUGAUGGAAUGCUAAAGCAACAGAUUGUAUGCUAUGAUACUAACAAAAUGCCAACUACCGUAACAGCACAGGCUUUAUGCAACGGCGAAAAAAAGCAGGUAAAGUCUUGCAUUUCCCCAUCGUCAGUGGUCAAUGUGAACGAUAUAGCAGCGGGUUUGGCCAGUGCAGUUGCAGCAGCUGUCGCAGACGCAGUAACCGUCGCGACCAUUGGUCGCAAUCUGAACCUUAAUUUGAACAGUUACUCCCAGCUUCGACAGCAGCUAGAAAUGCAUAAUGGUAAUAUUCCGGUCACUCGCAAAAACGGCAAUAACUGCGCAUCGUCUCCGAAAGCGUUACCGGUAGCAACAGGCAGCCAAUUGAAGCAAUUUCUGUGUAGCACGCCAACGAAUUCAAAUGACAGCGUCACUAACAAUCAGCAACACCAUUCCCAGCAGUAUCAACAGCGUCGAGGAGCAGCGGGUUCUGCAAUGGACGGAAUCGAUAGCAGCAACACUCGUAAAUGUGUGCCAGCAGCGACAUCCAAUAUUUGUCUUCAGUAAGAACCGGAACAGCGGUUGAAAUUCGAUUCGCAAAUCACCAACCGACCGGACGCAAAGUAGUGCAACUUAAAUCCAUCACUCCCCCAUACUUGAAUGGAAGAACAAACAAGAAAAAGCAGUUCUUUGCUUAAAAAAUCUAGUUUCAAGUUAGUCUCUCGUUAGUAGCAUUCUCUUAAUGGUAGCGCAUAUGUAUCGAUAAUAAGCAAAUCACGUGAGUAACAGAAGUAAAAGCAAGUAUGUAACAAACGCAGAAGAUUAAAGGAGUAGCAGCAGCAAUCAUAUUUGGAUGAGAGGCUUAAGCUGUUGGAAACUGAUUAAUUUUGUUUUUGUUUAAAUUUUCCUGCAAGGAAAAAAAAUGUUUUGGCUUUUCCGAUGGCAAAGCAAGAAGCACACAAACAAACAAAAAAUCAGACUAUAAAGUAGUAUGUUUUCUCCCGAGUUUUCUUCUCAAAUCGAAACACUUUUCUCUUUUGGGCACGAGUGCGCACGCGUUUGUGGAGUUUUAGGAAGAACCACUGCAAACUAGCAGACCAAUGGCAUAGCUCAACGCAGCGCACUUUGCUUAAUCGAGGGGAGUGAAAUCAUUUUAAUUCAAAUAAAUUAAAUUAAUUUAUACAAUGUGAUAUUUUUUGUCUAUAUAUGUUAGCUAAUGUAAUAUAAAUAUUAAUGCAAAAACAAACGACAAGAAAACAAUUCAGAGAGGAGAAAACCGCAACGUUCGAGGACAUCCGCGGAGAAAGCAUUAAAAUGAGUCCAUCUCUUUUUCUUUUUUUUAUCGAUUUUGACAAAAAGUAUCUAAUAUCAUAUUGAGCAGUAACAUAAACUAUCUGGAAAUGAGAAUAACUAUUAGAAGAGCACACACAAAAGUUGCCCAAAAUUAUUUAAGUUGACACAUUUUCUGAGUUUUUACUUUAUUUCAUUCUCUGUUUCUAUACACCUACCUUCAAUUCUACUACCAUUCAUGUAAAAAGCUUAGUUUUAACAAGUAAACUUUGUUUAGUUGCAAGCUAAAUUAAAAAGAGCACCUCUAAAAUUAUAAGAGUUGGGUUCGUUCUUGUCAAGUUCUUUAUUUUACGAUCGACUACACUUAGGUAUUUUUAGUUAUCCCCAUCCAAGAUAGGUGUUCAAUUGCAAAUAAAUCAACGUGGAAAAAGCAUACAAACAACAACAAAAAAAACCCUGGCUAUAUCGUUGAAUGUAGUUAUUCGUUUUAGUCGCUACUUUUUAACAAAAAAAAAAAAAACAAACAUGGUAGAUAAGAAAGCAAGAACAGCAAACAAACCUGCAAAAAAUGAAGAGAUUUUUGCAUCGAUGGAAUAUCUAAGCCGGGGGUAGACAGAUGAAUCACUGAAUUUAUUCAAUUCCGAAAAUAAAAUAGUAUGGAAACCCCUUUAAACUGGAAGUUCUAGCAGCAGCAGAUGAAAAGGUUGACAGCAACAAAGAAAGAAAAAAACUAAGAAUUGAUAUAAAGGCUAAAACGAUAAACAAAUAAAUUUAGUAGCUUCAUAUGUGAUUAUAACUCUAUGAAUAACUAUUUCAAAAUACCGUAACAAUAAAAGAGACAGUUGAAAAUCUUA